ACUUUUUUUUUCCCACAUCUAGGGGAUAGGACCAAUUAUGUCAAUCUUCCCCACGUGAUAGCUAUGGUGGGUCUGCCAGCUAGGGGUAAGACGUACAUAGCCAGGAAACUGACUCGUUAUUUGAACUGGAUAGGCAUUAAUACAAGAGUGUUUAAUGUUGGAGAGUAUCGAAGGCAAGCCACGGAGGCAUACAGAAACCAUGAUUUUUUUCGACCUGAUAAUAAAGAAGCCAUGGCUAUACGCAAUAAAUGUGCAAUGGAUGCUCUGGAAGACAUGUGUAAAUGGUUAGAAGAUGAUGGGGAAGUAGCA